AUGGCUUCCUCAAGAGAAAUGAACCAGACGACGACGACGAGGCCACUGGCCCAUCGACCGACCGCCCCCAAUUCUCCUCCCACCGGUGGUCUGCCUGGCCGCCAGACUCACGCCCGCAACAACUCCAACCCCCACGGCCACUCGCUCCUCACCACCUCGCUUAACCCGAACCACCGCAUCACCAGGCGAAAGUCGGUCACCGGCCCCAAUGCCAACAUUGCCGCUCUGGCCGCUGCCGUCCGCGACGCCGAAGCCCUGGGCGCCGAUCCCGCUUCCAACCCCUCGGCACGAAGGAACACGCUGUCCAAGCUCUCCCUGGGCCGUAUCGGUCUCGGGAACCUGCCGUCGCCACCGUCCAGCCUCCCCAACAAGGGUGGCAUAGCCGACAUCGACAAGCCCGGCACGACAGACAGCGCCAUCGAGGACGGCGCUGACCUGUCGGCCGAUGACGGUAGCACUGACAGUGACCAGAACAGCCGUAGCAGGCGUGCCAGCGACGGCCAGCCCCUGACCAAGGAUGGCAAGAAGAGCAGCGGCAAUAGCCGCGUUGAGCUCAAGUGCAAGAAGUGCGGCAAGGGCUACAAGCACAGCAGCUGCCUGACGAAACACCUGUGGGAACACACCCCCGAGUGGUCCCUCACCUCCAAGCUUCUCAUCUCCAAGCACCAGCAGGUGCAGCUCCUGGAGGCUGCCUCUGUCCUGGUUGCCAUGAACGAGACCCACCCUGCCGCCCCCGGCCAGGACGGCGCCGCGGCCGCCACCAGCCCGCCCGACUCCACCAGGGACUUCAUCAGCGACCCCGAGUCGGCCUCGCCCACCGCCUCGGGCUACUCGGACCAGGCCGACCGCCUGAGCUCAGCCGACACCACGCCGCCGCCCACCAUGGACGAUGGCGGCCACAUGUACGGCCUGCCGUUUGGCAGCAGCAGGCGCCACGGCAACGUAGGCGGUGGCUUCUCGCGAAGCUACCAGUCGGUGCCGUCGCUAGCGCCUGGUAGCCUACCCGGUGCCAACCCCGGCGGUUUCGGCCACGCCCCUCGCACGAGUGAGCACCGUCCGUCGUCUUCGGGUAUCAACAACACCGGCCAGGAUGACCGCGACCUGGCCGCCGCGGUCGAGCUCCUGAGCUGCAGCUUCAACAGCAGCAACGCCCCCAGCGGCAACCUCAACGGAGGUGGCGGAGUCGGAAGCAGCGGCAUCAGCAUCGGUGGGUCAAACGGUACCGUGAUGCUUGCCGACGCCCCACCCGUACCUCCUGUCCCGGCCCAGUACCUGGACCGAGCCACUUCGAUUGGCAGUGGACCCUUUGUCAGCAGCUUCCCCGGCCGGCAGCCGGAGAGCUUCACGCGCGGCGACGUCGGACGGGGCAGCGAGGACGUCAAGAUGGGCGACCACCACGACUCUGGUCUCGACGACGACGACUUUGACAUGCAGUCCCGUGCUCGAAGCGAUGAAGAAGACGACGGAGUUUUUGGAUGUAUGGAGGAAUAG